AUGGCAAAUAUUGCGAAAUCAGUUUCCAAUCACCUGCGGUAUCGCGUGGGGAACACAAAGAGACAAUCUAGCCCCCUCAUUUUAGGAGGGGGGGAGGAGAUUUUUGUGAAACAUGCGUGUGCACUCAUUGUCAUGCGAUUUCGGCAAAAAGCCUCUGUCGGGCAGGUCCCCAUGUUUGGUCUGUUUAAGAAAGGGAAAAAGUGUGAGCGGCUAUCGCACAUUUUCCAGUUGCGCGGGAAAACCGGCCAUACGAGGAAGGAAUCGGAAGUUGGUAAACUACAUCAGAAGGAUGACGCAAUGACGCUGGAAUUUUAG